CCUUGGCGCACCCACACUGUGCACUUUUAGUGACUGCUCUUUUCCGGAGAACGCAAGCAAAUUCCAUACUCACAGAAGCCACAACCCGCACCAGCGACUUCAACCCACUAACCAACAGCCCAACAACCCGCAUCCUUUGGACGACCUCACGAGCGGACUCACGGUUCAAAGAUGUCUCACAGGAAAUUCGAAGCUCCCCGACACGGUUCGCUGGCAUUCUUGCCCCGCAAGCGUGCUGCCAGACACAGAGGCAAGGCCAAGUCCUUCCCCAAGGAUGACCCCAAGAAGCCCGUGCACCUCACUGCCACCCUUGGUUACAAGGCUGGUAUGACCACCACCGUUCGUGAACUCGAGCGUCCUGGUGCCAAGAUGCACAAGAAGGAGAUCGUCGAGGCUGUCACAAUCAUCGAGACUCCUCCGGUUGUCUGCAUCGGCGUUGUUGGUUACGUCGAGACCCCCCGUGGUCUGCGUUCGCUCACCACCGUCUGGGCCGAGCAUCUGUCCGAUGAGGUCCGCCGCCGGUUCUACAAGAACUGGUACAAGUCGAAGAAGAAGGCGUUCACCAAGUACACCAAGAAGCACGCCGACGGAGGAAAGGACAUCGCCCACGAGCUUGCCCGCAUCAAGAAGUACUGCACUGUCGUCCGCAUCUUGGUCCACACCCAGAUCCGCAAGACUCCCCUCAAGCAGAAGAAGGCCCACAUGAUGGAGAUCCAGGUCAACGGUGGAUCCAUCGAGGCCAAGGUCGACUACGCCCGCGACCUGUUCGAGAAGUCGAUCUCCAUCGACACCAUCUUCGAGCAGAACGAGGUCAUCGACGUCAUCGCCGUCACCAAGGGUAAUGGAUACGAGGGUGUCACCGCCCGUUGGGGUACCAAGAAGCUUCCUCGCAAGACCCACAAGGGUCUCCGCAAGGUCGCCUGUAUUGGAGCCUGGCAUCCUAACCACGUGCAGUGGACUGUUGCCCGUGCCGGUCAGGACGGAUACCACCACCGUACUUCGGUCAACCACAAGAUCUACCGUAUCGGAAAGGGUGACGACGAGUCCUCGGCCACCACCGAGUUCGACACCACAAAGAAGGCCAUCACUCCUAUGGGUGGCUUCCCCCGGUAUGGUGAGAUCAAGAACGACUGGGUCAUGGUUAAGGGAUCCAUUCCUGGAGUCAAGAAGCGUGUCAUGACUCUGAGGAAGUCCCUCUUCCCCCACACUUCCCGUAAGUCUCUCGAGAAGGUCGAGCUCAAGUGGAUCGACACUUCCUCCAAGUUCGGUCACGGAGGCUUCCAGACCAAGGACGAGAAGCACGCUUUCUUGGGUACCCUCAAGAAGGACAUUGUGGCAUAAGCGGUGUUUGUGGGCUUUCUUUCUUGUCUUUUCGGGUGUUUUGUUUCUGGCGGGCUUUGUGUAUGGGGGGAAAAGCAUGUGGAAUAAACAAAAUGGAUCCAAGUGCUGGGCGUCUGCAUCAUUUGUCCCACCCUAUCCACUGAACUUCAUGAUACUUCCAUGCCUCCUUCCCCGUCACAGCAGUUGGGGAAUAUACGUCCUUGUACAUAGUACCAAUAGUCGAGCGUAACGAUUUUCGACUAUUCU